AUGGCGAACCAUACUGCGACCAGUGCUUGUCCUAAAAUACAGACGUUUCGACCAACGGAGAAACAAUUUAGCGAAUUUUCCAACUACGUAAAAUAUAUGGAAUCAUGCGACGCACAUAAGGCCGGGAUUGCAAAAGUUAUCCCACCCUUAGGAUACGUUCCCAGAAUGGCAGGUUAUCAAGACAUUAACGACAUGACGAUUCCUUCCCCACUUUUACAAAUCGCCGUUGGAACACAAGGAUCUUAUCGGCUAAUUAACCUCCCAAAAGAACAAAUGACGGUUCGAGAAUUUCAUGACUAUACGGAAACAAAGCAUUUCACUCCAUCGCACGUGAACUUUGCCGAGCUGGAACGCAAAUACUGGAAGACAUUGUUGUACACUAAUCCAAUUUAUGGCGCCGGUGUGGAGGGAUCGUUAAUGGAUACCACCUGCAAACUUUGGAACGUGAAUAAACUCGUGGAUUCUGGUAUGGGCGAAGAUAACGCCGAAUAUCAAGGUCCAGGCAGCACAUCAUUUCUUUACUUUGGGUCUUGGAAGACUACAUUUGGCUGGCAUAUUGAAGAUAUGGACUUGUAUUCGAUUGAUUAUUUGCAUUUUGGCAAGCCAAGGACGUGGUAUGCCAUCCCUCCAGAAUAUGGACACGCAUUUGAACAAUUAGCUCAAACUUUAUUCCCAGAUAAGUCGCAAAAAUGUGCAUCACUUUUGCGACACAAAGACAUUAUAAUUUCGCCUGAAAUUGUGAGGGAUAACGCUAUUCCGUGUGAUAAGAUAACGCAGGAGAGUGGCGAGUUCAUCGUAACUUUCCCAUUUGGUUAUCAUUUCGGAUUUAAUCAUGGUUAUAAUUGUUCAGAAUCUAAUAAUUUUGCAACCACUCGGUGGAUAGAGUAUGGGAAGAGGGCGUCGCAUUGUGCUUGUUACGAUGACGAGGUUACCAUCGAUAAGGAAUCUUUCGUUGAACGAUUUCAACCUGAAAAAUACGACGCUUGGAUGGCCGGAAAUGAUUGGGGGGUGCAUCCAGAAGACGACACAAGGAGACGGUGGCCAUGCGGAAAAAAUAAACAAGCUGCAACAAACAUUUCUCAAGAUGAGCAAAUUUCCUUGAAUGCAUCUUCGUCAAAUGUUUACGAAGAACAUAAUUAUUGUUCAUUAGAAUGAAUAAAGUUAGUUUUCAUGCUGGCGACUUAAUUUAUUUGUAAUUAACCAACUAGUUUUUGUGUAGCACAAGGAAUAAAUAAGUGAAGAAUCCACAAGUCCAAAAUUACACAAAUACA